AGUUUACGUACACUAACGAGAAGUGCACUGGUAAUCAAUUGAGCAGAGAAGAACAUUGGCAUUGUAGAGUUUUGAGCUUUAAUUACUGGUUUUUUAAAUCAGCUUCUUUUUAUAGGGUACUUUUGGGUAUCAAUUCGGACGUAUUUUGUACCUUCAGAGAACUGUAAGAAUGUUAUCUGCCGACAGAAGUUAGCCUAAACCGAAAUGAUGAAACUAAAUUAGCAUUAUAUAUUUCACUUGACUAAUUUUAGCAAACUGCUGUAUGUUUUACAGUAUUUGAUAUCGAUGUUCCUUUUACCGUGAUGGCGGAUUUAAAAUGUACGGCUUAAAAGCUAUCCUUUAACAAACAGACUACUACUUUAGCCAGUAUCAAAGGAUCGCUAGUCUUUCAAUUGACAUUUCAGAGAAAUCAAUCCGACGGAUUGCCUACCGACAGCUGGUUUCUAACAAUAUUCUAUUCUCCUUGGCUUUUUAACGAGUACACCAUCACAUUUCUAUUUGAGAGCAAUGACUGAGUACACUUCGUCUACCCCAAGACGCUCUACACGGCUGAAUACAAAGGAUGCUGUCGGAUCUGAGCCUAUAAAAGAAAAAGAACAGGAUUCUAAUAAGGUCAUUAAUGUAGGUGAUUUCAUCCCCGAUCUUACUCUUCUGAACCAGGACGAGAUUCCAGUAAGUCUUUCAGAACUGGCAAAAUCACGCGGGAUUGUCAUCUUUGCAUAUCCGAAGGCCAGUACACCAGGAUGUACUAAGCAAGGUUGUGGAUUUCGUGACAAUUAUCCUCAGAUUCAGGCCGCUGAUUAUGAAGUAUUCGGUCUGUCCUUUGAUUCUUGUAAGUCUCAAAAGAGUUUUCAAACAAAGCAAAACUUUCCUUACGACUUGCUCUCUGAUCCAGAAGGUGUUUUAAUUGAACGUCUUGGUGCUAAGAAACCGGAUGGAAAAUUGUUCCGUAGCCAUUGGAUCUUCGAAAAGGGUACAGGAAAGUGUCUUGUUAAGGAAAUUGAAAUAUCCCCUCUUGACAGCGUUGAUAAAGCUUUCCAAGUAAUCACUGGUUCCAAUGCUUAAAGAUGAACCCUGCUUAUAACUUGUAAGAUUGCUUUGCCCAUGGCUUAUUUUUAUGGCUUAUAAAUGUCUUUGAGAUAUGCUACAUGAAUAUAUUAUAUCAUAUAUCUGAUAGCACUUUGCGUUGAUAUUUAAAAUGCUUGUAGAAUUGUCUAAUUCCCUUGUUCGUUCCGUGUAUUUACAUGUGACGACUUACAAAACCUAAGCAUUUUCGGAUAAAACAGCAUUAAAUACUAUUUUGAUGAAUUCUGGAUGUGAAGAUUUUACUUCUAAAUUGCUAGUCAUCCGCAAGCAUGUCUAUUCGGGAUCCAAUUUUAGUAAUUGCAAGACGUAAAAGCUAUUAUUUGAUGAACACGCACAUGUGCUUCAAAUCCUUAUAUACUUCUUAUAUUCUACUUCAAAUUAUUAGUGCAGCUGCUUAUAAUGAACUUUGUUAUUUUAAAGACUCUACUUACAAAACAGUUUUCGUUUCAACAAUAACUGGGGCUAUUUUGUUUAUUUGAACAUCACUUCUUCAGAAAAUAAAUGAAAAUCUAAUCAAACAUAACUCUCACAUUGAAGUGUGC